UUGAUUAAGUUUUUUUUUUUAUAUAGUAUAAGGGUGACAGGCGAGCACACAGUCCACUUGAUGGUAAGUGGCUACCAAGCUGUCCAUCAUUCGGCUCAUAGGAUGCGAUCUCAUAAAGCAAGUAGAAGACAUCGGGCUAUCAGCGAUGGCGCGCUCCGUUUCGAACCGGAACCGUACAACAGGAAGCUGGAGUUGAAUAAUUCUGGGAAGGUGCAUUGCAAGGUCGCCGGUGGGGUAUCACCUAAUGUACAAUGGUUUUUGAACGAAAAUGACCCGCUUCCCGAAGGAGUGACGUCGCAAAACGGCACUCUGAUGGUGACAGAGGCAGCGCGCCGCCAUUCCGGACAGUACACGUGCCGCGCGACUGACGGUGACAGUUCAAUCACAGCCAAGAUUACAUUGGACGUUGUGGUAUCUCCAAGGGUAAUAGAACCGGAAUCCGGGCAGCAGAAGCACGUGUCUGUCGGACAGUCGGUCCGGCUCGACUGUAGAGCGUCCGGCGACCCGCCACCUACGAUCCACUGGGAUCGAAACUUGACCGUAUUGAAUCGGCAACAACAUGACGUGGAUGAAGAGGGCGGAGUUAACGCGUCAUUUUCGAGGUUACUGCUGUUGAAGAACGGGUCGCUGUUGAUCCGCGAGGUUGAGGAACGCGACUCGGACCGCUACGGCUGCACGGCCGGCAGCGCCGCCGGGCUGGACCGCAGCGAGCUGCUGCUCGUCGUGCAUCCAGAAGGUGAACUGCCACCAUCAGAGUCCACCGGUGUAGCUGGCAAAGCAGUGCUAGUUUCCAUAUCGGUGGCCGGUGCCUACAUGUUGCUCGUCCUCGCUCUCAUGGUCUACUGCAGACGUAGGAGGCUGAAGAGGAGGCAACGCGGAGAGAAAAUGGAGUUAGAGAUGCAAGAGGGGAGGGAGAAACUUGUAGAAGAAGGCGAGGAAGAUAAAAAGACUCAAAAUGGCGGCGCUGUGCAAAAUGGCAGGCUUCUACCUUUAGACAAAGACAGCGGUGCGGACAACUCCGAGGUUUCCGGUAUAUCUAAGGCGUCCAAGAAGUCGGGGCAUUACGAGCAACUGUCUGUGCCGCGUACCCUACUUAAUGACCAGAUUACCUUAGGUCGUGGUGAGUUCGGAGAUGUUUUACUGGCGAAGAUAGAUAUGACGCAAGUGAGAAGAUUGCGUAACAAAGAGGAAGUAGAUCCCGAACCCCAGAUCAAGCCUGUACUAGUCAAAGUUCUGACGACGAAAGAUGAAGUACAGUUAGCGGAAUUCCGUCGUCAGUUAGAUUUGUUCACUCGUGUUCGUCACGAGAACGUGGUCAGGCUUAUAGGCCUGUGCAACGAGGCUGAUCCGCAUUACAUGCUACUGGAACACACGGAUUGGGGUGACCUGAAGAGCUUCCUGAUCGCGACGCGUUCGGAGGAGGAGGACGCGGAGUACUCGGCUCGCGUGGGUCCGGCGUACGUGGCGCGCAGUGAGCGGAGGGCCGCCGCGCUGCAGGCGCAGCACCGCGCGCUGCUGGCGGCGCACCUGGCGGCCGCAGCGUCGCGCCUCGCAGCUAAGCGCCUAACGCACAGAGACAUUGCAGCCCGCAAUUGUGUCAUCACAUCUCAGUUGCAUCUGAAGUUAUCUUUCCCGGCGUUAACUCGCGGACCUAAUUCGCACGAAUAUUACAAACUGCAUGAUCAGGUUAUCCCGUUAAGAUGGCUACCAUCGGAAGCCGUGUUAGAAGGCGAUUAUUCAACAAAGUCCGACGUGUAUAUGUUCGCCGCUACAGUUUGGGAGAUAUACACCAAAGCUGAACUGCCGUUCGCAAAAUUAAAUGAUAAUUCUGUACUGGAAAGACUGAAGACGGGCAAACAAGAAUGGGUCACACCCAGCUCGAUGCCUGAGAGGCUUGCUUCUUUGCUUAAACGCUGUUGGAGUCAUUCUCCCGCGGAUCGUCCACAGUUCACGGAAAUUUGCGAAGAAGUGAGCGCUGUCUUGCAGGAGAUAACCGCGGAGAACGCAUCGCAACACUCACAGACAGUGGAAGUGCAAAAAGAAUGA